AUGCAGGCAGCAGCUCUUAUUAAUCGCCUUCUAUGUGCCCAUGAUGGGCGAAUGGAGCUCAAGGAUCUGUAUUUUCAAGUAUCAAUACUGAAUUUAAAUGAUGAAGUAGAGACUGUGCUUAAGGACACGAGUAUGUUUGUGACCACUGGUGAUGAAGACAAAGUUGUGGUCGCCAAGACCAAGCUGAGACUAUGUAGGGUUAAGGACUGUGAAAACUGCAGCAACCUUCACCUGUGCAAACUGUACCUCUUUGGAGAAUGCCCAUAUAUCAAAUCAAGGAGAGGGUGCCGAUUCUGCCAUGACCUUUACCUAGGACAUAACGUCAAUGUGCUUCACCAACACAACCUGAUGCACAUGGACCGCAGUGAACUGUGCAUUAUACUUCUCCAGAAUGACACUACCCUUCUGCCACCAGUGUGCUUCACAUAUAACAGAGGCAGUGGUGAGUAUGGAAACUGUCCUGAUAAAGAGGCCUGCAACAGACUCCAUGUCUGUGAAAACUACAUCAGAGGGAUCUGCGAGGGCACUAAGUGCAGUCGAUCCCAUGACUUCUACGAGCCUCACCCAAUGAAAACCCUCCAGGCCAAGGGAGUGCCCAGUCAGCUGAUGGGGUCCUUGCUGCCAGCUUACAAGAAUAUGCUUACAAUCAGGGAUGCUAAUCGAAUUAGCUACAGCAACACUCCAGCCACUUCGCCAGAGAAAUGUGAGAUAUGCCUGUACUACAUCAAAGGUUUCUGCAAGCAAGGAAAUAGAUGCCAGAAAGUCCAUUUCCAUUUGCCCUUUAAGUGGGAGGUGAGAGAUGGAAACAACUGGAAACUUCUGCCAGAUAAUGAACAAGUUGAAAGAGCAUUCUGUGAUCCCACUAAGACAUACAGUGAUGGUCAUAUACCUGUUCACUUCGAUACCAUGACUCAGGGUUCUGUAAAAGUCCGCCGUCUCGCCACUCCUUCAUCAGUACUGUUUCCAGCUUUUAUCCUUACCACCUCCUGGAUCUGGUACUGGGAGGAUGAAAAUGGGAAUUGGAUCCAGUAUGGAUCAUCCCGAGGGGCACACCAUGUAUCUUCCAUCACCAGUGAGGACUUAGAGAGGAAAUACCAAGAAUGCAGUAGUACUACAGCUGAAUUCACAACAGACCAACACUCUUAUGAGAUCAACAUACAAGACAUGAUGCAGUCUAACAAACAGAUCGGCACGAAAAGGUUGGUUAGGAGGAGACCAUUCUUUCUCUCAGCAGAGGAGGUACACAAAGUCAAAACAAGCCAAAAGGAUGUCUGGGGGCCACAAAAUCACAAAUGUUUGCCUCAUUAUUGGGAUAAAACCAGUAUACCUGAAUCUGGUUUCAAGAGAGUUCCCUUACACAGCAUUUCUGAUGAGUAUAAGAAAAUUCACAAUCUUUUUAAGCAGACAAUGUCUGCUUUUAAUGUGAAGAGCAUCGAGAGGGUACAGAACCGGGGUUUAUGGGACGUUUUCCAAUGGCAAGGUGGUGUGAUGCGAAAGAGAACUGCAGGCCAAGAAAACCAGAGACUUCUGUUCCAUGGCACCGAGUCCAAACACACUGAUGCCAUUUGCCGGCAGAACUUUGACUGGAGGAUCUGUGGAGUUCAUGGUACAGCUUAUGGGAAAGGAAGUUAUUUUGCCAGGGAUGCCAAGUACUCCCACAGCUACACUGACAAGUCUGGGAUGCGGUGUAUGUUUGUUUGCCGGGUACUGGUAGGAGAGUACACUACUGGACAUUCCAGCUACCUCCGCCCUCCCCUGAAAGAUGGAGAAGACAGCAUCUUCUAUGACAGCUGUGUAGAUGACAUUAACAACCCCUCCAUAUUUGUCAUAUUUGAGAAGCAUCAAGUCUACCCAGAGUACUUAAUUCAUUAUAACGAUGUGCAUGUCACUACCGUGCCAGCUGCCCCAAAACAACUGGCCCCACUUCUUGUUUCCCGACACUCACCCCACAUGUCGGGUUUCAAGCAGCUGUCCGUGCCCUUCCCAUGCAGAAAAUUUGCCAACAGCUCAAAGACUGAAAGGCCAGUUUUGAAGAGAUCAUCUAAAGGAUUUGGCUCAAUGACGUCUUUAGCAAACCUCUCCACUCAUAACAAUACUGCACCCUUGCCCUUCCUGCCAGACCUCAGACUAGUGUUCCUCGACAAAGGGCCAAGCAUGAAGCAGCAAAUCAAACUCCCAAAAGCUCUACAGGGGUUCAUCAGAUUUGGUUGGUGUAGUAACAUUUUGACUGAAAGAAGCCUUACCUAA